AUGGGCUCGGAUCUCUCGAAGAAGCUCUGCCCCUCCGAGCUCUCUGUCUGCCCUCUCUCGACUUCGCAUCCUAACACUCUCGAUGAAUUGCUCAGCAACGGGUUCGAGUGCGUCGAUUUCCAGACGGAUCUCGAGAGCUGCGGUGGAUGCGGGAUUUUGGAGCCUUCCCACAACUGUAUGGAGAUCCCUGGUGUACAGAGCGUUUCUUGCGUCAUCGGAGGCUGCCAGGUCAACACCUGCGAGUCCGGUUGGGUCGUCUCUGCGGCCGGCAACUCUUGCGAGCGCCUCGAUUAG